AUGCGUUUCGAAUCCAUCCUUCUUCCCCUCGCCACUGUCGCCGUUGGUGUUGAUGCACUCGGAAUCAACUGCCGUGGCUCCGCCAACUGUAUGCUGUACGGUGCCAACGUGUCCAAGGACAUGGUCAAUCUCCUCAACGGUGUCGACCCAAACCGCUGGUACAACAAUGGGCAACAGAUCGCUUGUGUCACCAGACAGAACGAUGCUGGUGCCAUCUGCGCCUUCUUCCAGAACACGGGCGGCUGGCAGGGACAGAAGGCCAAGGAGCUUGCUCACUACAUUACCGAGCAUGGAUGCCUUGCCUGCGGUAGCGUUCCCACCGGAUUUCCUGGCAGCAAUGACGUCGCUCAGGGCGAGCUGACCUUCAACUACGUCUCCAACCCAUGCACUGGAUUCACGGAGGGUUCCAGACGAUGCUAA